GGAAGAGCAGCUGAUAGCUACCUGAGUUCUAUUUCAACCGAUGAGCGAAGUUACGUCGCGUUUUAUAGAUGAUAACGAAGUGAAAAAGACUAAUUUCAACAAACUGAUGAUUCGGAUUCAUUCCUCUGCUCACUGAGUGGGUAACCACAAAGAAAGGAAGCAAUGAACUUCCAGGGUAGUCGGAGGCGAGGAGAGGAUGGGAUUGGCAUGGUGAUUGACUUCCUGCUGUCCAAUGCUCGGCUGGUUCUGGGAAUUGGGGGAGCUGCCGUGCUGGGAAUCGCUACACUGGCAGUGAAACGGCUGAUAGAGCGAGCAGGCCGCGCCGCCGAUGAUGAGAAGGUGGAGCAGAAGACGGCUGAGAGCUGGGAGGAGCUGAGCUCGGCUUCACCCGAGAUGAUCAGGAAGGGCAUCGAGGGCGUGGUGUUGAAACAUGUUGCCAAGGCAGCGAGACAACAGAAAGAUGACCUGAACCAGCAGCCUCAGACGUCCAAACCCGAGUCCAAGUCCAAGAGGCUCCAGCUGUGUGUCCUCACUCUGCAGGAGCGUCUGCAGCAGUACUAUCACGCGAGGGCAGCGCUCACUCCACAGGAGGUCCAGAGAGCUCAGGCUCUGGCUCUGGACAUCUGCACGGAGAUCCAGGGCUUCCUGCACAGCCGUCACCCCGACAUGCCGCUGGGAGAAAUGAGUCUCGGAGGUUCUCUGCUGGACGACCUUCAGGUGGUCACUGCAGACCAUGUGUGUCUGCUCAUGCCGCUGCAGCUGGAAGCUUCUCUGUGGCGGCUCGUCCCGGGGGAGGAGACUCUGAUCACACACCCGCUGCACUGGAUGGUCCGCCGGGUUAAUCUAGAAUACUUCCCCAGAGGACGGAGCUACUGGGACAGGCACCUGGUGGGUGGUUACCUGUCUGCAGAAGCUGUUGGGAGCACGUUGAGUAAAGCUGUCCUGGAAACUAUUAACUGGCCGUCAAUCAGCAGCGUGAUGUACUGUCUCAUCAGACCAGUACCGGGAGGACCGGACCCGAGGCUGGAGAUCCGGCUUCGUGAUGACGAGGGAGUGGAGACCAGUGAUCCUCCCUUGUUCAUCUCCAUGCUGCCUCUGCUGAGGCAGGAGGACGUUGUCCUGACUGCCCAGCCCGAGCUCACCUCUCCCUGGGUCAACGCCUGGCACCUGUCGCUCCACCCGUGGGAAACUCUGCGUCUGGCACAACUUGACGCCGCAGACGACGGACGCCGCAGACACACGCUGAAGAUCCUGAAGGCGGUGUGCAGACUGAACCCGGCCCUGCGAGCGCUCCCUGCUGCUCCGCUGGCCAAUCUCAUCCUGCACCUCAGUGACGGGGAAAGCGACUGGAGCGAAUCCAGCCUGCAUGUAAGAUUCCAGCAGUGCAUCACCGAGCUGAUUGGCUACCUGGAGCAAGGGGCGUUACACAGCUACUUCAAACCAGCUGUCAAUCUGCUGAGCGGCUUGUCCGAGGACCAGGUGGACCAGAUGGGCUUCAUGCUCUACUGCGCCGUGUCCGAGCCGGAAAUCCUGCUCAUAUGACUGAGCUGCAGACACAAGACACUUAACGUGACACACAGAGGUCGGAAGUUAAUCAUCCUUGACGUUUGGUUCAAGGCAAAGACAUUUUAUUCCCACUGCGAUCUCGGCUUGGGGAGCUUCUUCAUCUGGUGUUAAUGGCAGGGAAGAGGGAACAGUUGCAAUAAGACAAUGGCAGGUACCAUGGACUGACCGGACGAGAGGCAAUGAGGAGGCUGCAGAAGUGAAAGUGUUAAACAAGGAAAGGAAAUGUGCCAAGGAAAGGAGCUGAGGAAGUGUUUAUAAAGUGUUACCAGAAUGGGUCUCAGUAGAACGCACACCUGAGACAUAAUCCAACCACACACAUUCAUUCAUAGAACUCAGUCAGAUGUGGUAUUAACAUCCGUCCGGACUGAUCCACGACACAAUUAACCGAACAUAUUUUUACACUCUUCAGUGUCCAUGCAUUGAUUUGUUUGUAGCCACAGUGUCAACACUUAUCAGCACAAAAUACAUUUCCUUAAAUUGAUAAAAUCUGUCUUUAAAGGUGCAGUGUGUAAGAUUGAGGUGAAAGGGAUCUAUUGGCAGAAAUGGAAUAUCAAAUAAUCCCAGUCAUGUUUUCUCUAGUUGUUUUAUUUACUCUAGAAGUGGCACUUUUAUAUUUAUAAACAUUAUAAUUUUUAGUUUUGAUGACAACUGAGGGUUUCCACAGGUUCUCUCAUGUUUGGAAGGGGAGGGUGAGGUGAGGGGUAUCCAGCUGCUAUGUUCCCCUUCACCACUAGAUGUCGCUGAGUUCUACACACUGAGCCUUUAAAGCAGCAGGAGAUCCGUUCAGAAUUCAACAAAUGUCUGGACCCACGCCAUAAUUUACCGGGUUCUUUCCUGGGCCUUGUCCCAUCCUUCCACCAAGAUUCAUGGAAAUAUGUUCUGUCGUUUUUUUAUGGUACUCCUGACAAACCAAUGCCUGGUGGAGGUAAUGAUGCUUUGUGUGUGUGAAUGUGAUCACAAACACACACACAUCCCACAUUUAGGCCUGUGUCAUUAUUAUUCUUCACAGGGAGUAAGAGGUGGUCAACAUGGCCACAUACAGCUCAGUACUUUAGCAGCAGGGGGGGGAGGACAGUUGGUUUAACUCUCCCUCUCACUCAUAGCACUCGCUCUGCUUUGUUUUCCUGAAUCUCCUUUAAUAGAUCAUAACUAUGCAGAAAAAGAAUGAACUGCUGAAAUCCAUCAGGUGUCGCUGCACUUAUUUAACUAUCGAGAGUCGGGCUUAUUUAACUCCAGCGUGUAUAUUUUCAUACUUGAGAUUGAGGUGUGCAGUAUUUUUGUCUCGUUUAAUGUCCAGUCUGCCAAUAACGUUUGGGUGAACUAACCCUUUAACUUAUGAUUAAAGUUGCCUGAUGAUUUUAAGCCGUUGCUUUUAAAUACAGAAUGAAUGUGUUGGGGGGGGGGGGGGGGGGGUUUGUGUUUCCUUCGUUGUGGAUGUAAGAGAGAUUUUUUUUUUUGUGAUUUGAAACUGAAAAUAAAAGACAAAACCACUUUCAAUUCUC